CGAGUACGAAAGAAGGAACCUGGGUCGUUUGGAAGGUUGGGGCGUCGCUUGGCAGAAGGCAGCGCCAGGGUGCUUAUAAGUUCAAGCGACAUUAGCAAGAGCUGCUAUUGUGGGAGCUGGUGCAGGGCUUCUCGUGCUACCCUCAGGGUCAAGGCAGCCAAGAGUCCUGGCAAACACCACCUCCAUCAGGUUUAGGAAGUUUUAGGGCUCUGGCGAAAGUUUUUUCAAUUCUAGGAAGUUCGCUGAGUUCCUCAAAAGCAUUCCUUGGGAAGGUUCAGCAUGGCCCUGUCCUGCAGGCUGCUCCCCUCCCAUAGUCUGGCGCAUGCGUGUCCCCGCGCGCAGUAUGAUAGGACUCAGUCGGUGGGGACAGGUGGGAGGGUGCCGGGGGUUGCACCGUUGCUGAGAAGCAAUUUUGUGUCUCCUUACGUGAGCAGCUCAAUGCAGAGUCAGUUUGCUGGGAGCAAUCCGUCACUCGCAAAGCGAUGCCAGCAGAGGAGGCCCAGCAGCAAGAGGGCCGUCCGGGGUCCGGUAGAGAUGGUCAUCCCAUUCCAACGGGGAGACGCUCUGCAGCAGCCGCCCCCCGACCUCGCUUCCUACCUCUUCAAGAACCGCAUCGUGUACAUUGGCAUGUCGCUGGUGCCCGCCGUGACGGAGCUCCUGGUGGCCGAGCUGCUGUAUCUGCAGUACGACGAUCCCAAGAAGCCCAUUUAUAUGUAUAUUAACUCCACUGGAACAACCAAGGAUGGAGAGAAGUUGGGCUACGAGACAGAGGCGUUUGCCAUAUACGACACCAUGAUGUAUGUGAAGAACCAGAUCUACACUCUGGCAGUGGGCAGUGCGUGGGGUGAGGCGGCUUUCUUGCUGGCAGCUGGCGCAAAAGGCAACCGGGCAGCGCUGCCGUCAGCCACAAUCAUGAUUAAGCAGCCAGUCGCCCAGUUCCAGGGGCAGGCCACCGACAUUGACAACCAGCGGAAGGAGGUGCGGCGGACAAAGAACCAGCUGAUUGAAAUUUUAGCGAAACAUACGAGGCACACCCCGGAGGAGAUCGACCUGGCCAUCUCGCGGCCAAAAUACAUGAGCCCACAACAAGCGGUGGAGUUCAACAUCAUCGACAAGGUUAUUGACCCAAAGAACCAAGCCAAGGGGGAUGGCGUGGUGGAAUCACUCCGGAGAUCGCGACUGCCUACGUGAGCUUUGGGCUGUUGGUCGCGCUUGGAUCUAGGAACAUUUGCAGGUAUCCGAACCUUCUUUACCCAACUUAUUGAACAGCCCUUGCCUAUACUUGGACCCGGAAAACGAGUGCACAGAAGCCUCGUGCCAAAUUGACUUGCAGUUGGAGGUUGUGGCAUAGGAUACGGUGAGAUUCAACGGAAGAAAAGUGCGCUUGAAUAGAUACCGUACACAGACUUGAGACACAGUGUGCCCGCACCCAAUAUAAUCUGGACAUCUGAUUGUCGCCAUUGCUUCCUUACGCACUCUGGAAGACUGAUUGGUUGUAGGCCUGAGCUUUCCCUGCCGGGAUCAUUCGUGGCCCAGAAUUCUUG